AUGUCGUCUGAACUUAUAGAAUUAGUUGGGUUUUUACAUGCCCCCCAGCCUAAUGUUUUGUCUAUCGCCUUGGAAAACUUGGUUGGAUUCUCUCAAGCUCCUUACAUUCAUAUUUUCAAAACCAACGAUUUUCAACCCAUCAAGGAUCUCAAGCACUUAAUCCGUAACCAGCGAUCUAUUACUAUUGUUAAAAAUGCUUUGACUAUUCUUAUUAAUCUUUGUGACGACUCAUCUAUUUUGGAAGACCUUUCAGCUGAUGAAUCUCUUAUUCAGUUUGUCUCCAACUCUAUCCUCGAUUUGUCAAACCCGGCAGCUGACUUGUUUUGCAUGCUUCUUGCCAAUUUGGCUAAGAGAGAUACCAUCAACGCUAUUUUCAAGUUUAAGCGAAAGGCUCUUAACGAGAAGUUCUCUAUCAUCAAAUCAACUGACCCCAAUAGUUCUGAAAAGGCAUUAGGGUUUGGCGAAGAUGAGCUGGAAAAUAUUGAAAAGGCUAGAAAUAAUCGUGAAGAAGCCUCUGCCAAGGUCUUUGGUCUUCCAGGAGAACGUGAUAUUAUUGACUGCUUACUUGACUGUUUUGUUAAAGGGCAUGAUCGUGCUCUCAAUGCCUUAGCAAAGUUUGAUUAUCUGGCGUUUUUCUUCUCUGAUCUUUCUAGAUUUAAGGAAGGUAGAAUGCAUUUCAUUACUCCCAAGUUUGAAAAGGCUGAAUAUGAUGUCGUUAAGAAAGAACUUUUACCUGUUGAAACCGGUGAAGAGGUUUAUCCUAUUUCAAAAUUAUUAGUUUUUUCCGAAAGCCCUUCCAAAAUUCGACGCGAGGGUGUGGCCUCUACCAUCAAGAACUGCUUGUUCGACGUUUCUUGCCAUUAUACAUUAAUUUUCAAUCCCUCUAUCAACAUUCUUCCUUACAUAUUGCUUCCACUCGCUGGACCCGAAGAUAUUGCUGAAGAUGAAAUGCUUGAACUGCCUGAUGAGCUACAAUUUCUUCCUCCUGAAAAGAAAAGAGAAUCAGAACCCGCUAUUCUCACUACGUACAUUGAGUGCUUGAUGUUACUUUCUACCACUAAAGAUAUCAGACAAUAUUUGAGAGAUAAGUCUGUUUACUCCAUCAUUCGCCAACUUCAUUUGAGCGUGGCUAACGAAGAGGUUCAAGAGGUAGCUGAACGUUUGGUUAAUGUUUUAAUGCGUGAUGACCAUCCUGAAAUUCAGGAUCCUGAGAAUAUUGAUAAGGACCCUAAUGAAGACGAGGAUGAAGACGAGGAUGAAGACAAGAUUGUUGAAAUCCUUUAA